CGUUCCAAGUAUAUUCACUUCACGGAGCCUUAUUCGGACGUAGGUAAAAGUCUUCUCGCCUACAGAAAAAAACAGGACGAGUCGAGAUUGUGGUCGUUUCUCGAUCCCUUCGAUUUGACGACGACGGUUGUGAUCGGCGCCAUCACCGUCAUCGUUUGCAUCGUCCAUUCACUUUCAAGAAGACUCAGUCGUUACAAUCGAUUUGAGACGGCGGAUUCGACCGAUUCUUGUCCUCGAUCAACGAUUAGUGAGGUGAGUAGGUCAUUCUGGGUGUUCUAUACCUCGGCAAUGCAGCAAGGCCCCGAAACCAUUCCAUCUGUUUCGGGUAAAAUUCUAGUCGGCGGCUGGUUCUUCUUUUGUCUCGUCAUUGUAGCCACAUACACGGCCAACUUGGCAGCAUUUCUCACCGCAAACAGUUUUACAACGAAUAUCAACUCUCUCAACGAGCUGGCAAAGCAGAGCGACAUAUUGUACGGAACGGUUAAGGAUUCGUCCAUUUUAGACUUCUUGAAUGAGUCUACUCUUCCCAUUCAUCAGCGGAUGUAUGAUUUUAUGACUUCGGUCGACGGGGCGUUGGUAGACACUGCGGAGGAGGCGAUCCAGCGCGUCGAACGUCAAACUAAAGGAGACUACAUCUUUAUCUGGGACGAACCCAUUCUUGAAUACUUUGCCUCAAAUGAACCGUGCCAGAGUGUAGUGAUUGGUAGGAAAUUUAACAUGCACGCUUACGGUUUGGCCUUGCCGAAGGGAAUGCCGUACGCUGAAAACUUUUCUCUGGCGAUUCUAAAAUUGAGAGAAUCGGGGAUUUAUGAGGGUCUAACGACCAAGUGGCUGAAGGAGGGUAUAUGUAGCACGUGGCAUUCGCCCAGAGAGGCUACAGACGUCAAGCAGCUUCGGAUUGUUGACAUGAAGGGUGUGUUUAUCAUUCUAGCCGUUGCAGUUGGAAUGUCUGUGGUCGUUGCGGUAGUUCAGCGGGUGACAUGGAUAGUAAGAAGACAAAGGAAGGUGUCAAACACUAGACCUUCCAAUGGAGGAGACAUUACUAUAGACUUACAAGUUGGUAAAGUUGAAACCUUCCAUGGUAUUCCAGAAUCCAAGUCGGACGAUAAAGCCGCAAAAUGUCAUCACUAACACCAAGAAUGCUGGUUAUGCACAAUGUACUACACCACAAACUCUCGUGUCCACGCCUCUACAACUGCAUUACGCAUCUGUGUUACAGUAAAAAACUUAGUUGAGGUUUUGAUAUUUUGGCAUAGAGCUAUCAGAAAGAGAUCUCGUACAUAGAAGCCAGACGGACUGGAAGUCUCGCCAUUUUCAAGCUUUUAGUCGUUUGCUACGCGGUAUAUCUAAUCAGUCCCUUAGAUAAGCUAAUUACAAGCUAGUAAACGAUAACUUUCUCAAAGUGAUGUGAAGA